AUGUGUACUGAUUUGCUGGCUUUUUGGACUUGUGUAAUUCGCGGUUUUUGUCGUCUUUUAUACCUAACAUUUCCUUCUCCAGUGUUUUGGAAGCAGCGCCAUGACAACACCAUCAGCCCAGGGUCUUGAUUGUAUCAAAGCAACAUUCCACGGUGACGAGACGCACUCCCACGUCUUUGUCGUUUUAGGCGCAUCGGUAGGUCUGGCGUGUUCUGUUGUAUCACACGGGACACCUUUCCCCGCAUUUUAGGGUGACUUAGCCAGAAAGAAGAUCUAUCCUACCUUGUGGUAAGCCCCCUACGUACAGAAAUACGUGUAACUGAGUGUUCCUUAUCAGGUGGCUGUUUCGUGAUGGUCUCUUGCCCAACAAGACCUUCGUCAUUGGCUAUGCCCGUUCGGACAUAACCGUUGAGUUCAUCCGUUCAAAGUCGGAGCCCUAUAUGAAGGCAAGUUCUUAGUUUUACCUUUGCUGUCCUUCCCCUCCAUUGUCUUGUUAAAUCGUCAAUGCAGAGGACGGGAAGAUCUGUUUUCCCGGAUAAUCCGUCAUAAGGUCAUCUGAAGUCACAUCGCCACGCAAUUCAGUUACCCAGCCGCUACUAUGGCAUAUAUUUCUGGAAUUCGUAACCUAUCUGACUGCUACCAGCGUGUUGAUGAACUAGAGUUCUUGAGAAAUGGCCUACAGAAAAUUUUCUUUUCAGUUUGCGGAAAGAAGCACUGCCGCAUAUGAUGAUUAGAUUUGAUGGCGGUAUAUACGUGGGGUGGAUUUGAGCUCCGAGUCAAUUGAUAAUCUAGCAAGGCUUCACUACGGGCUUAUCAUGUCGGUGGAGAUCGGAAGUAUUCAGUCACAUGACAAUUCCGCACACAGAUCUAUUUUGAUUGUCAACGGAAACGAGCAUCUCCGCUUUGUUUUGUAUGUGAGGUUCUACAACCCACGCUGACGGUCGCAUAACGACUAGCAAUAAAUAGUUAAAAAGUGUUUAUCGACAAAGACGAUGGAAUGAAGUAAAUUCCUGGCUUGCCUGACAAUAUCAGACAGCCACACCCUGGCUUGGGGUUUGAAUCUAGGCCCAGAUUUUCAGCGAGUUAAGCAUUUUACCUCUUGAACCGCGGACCCACGACUGGUCAUCUGUGACCGGAAAUGUUGAAAGUCAGACAGAAGUAACUCCCUGUCUGCCCGAUUGCAGGGACCCUAUAUUGGAGCUCACAGAUAAAGUAGAGCGAAUCUGCUCAUUCCUGCAAUCGGAUCGUGAAGCACCGCUUCCACCUCUCUAAAUUCGGUAUAUUCUGCCUUCCGAUGCACGCUUCUAUGACUAGGAGCAACGCAUGGCCCUCAAAAUUUCCUCACUCUCAUAGAUGAUGUCAAGACUCCGCCGUAGGCGUUUUAUUUGCCCACAAGGCGUAGAUUUUAGCCAGUAUUACAGAUUCUGACCUGUCUCAGAAAAAGCGUCCAUUUCCACUGCUCUAAUGUAGCUCAUUUUAUCGUAUUUUGCCCGUGCUGAUCGUGCUUCCCCCCCUUCCUUGCUCCCACUAGGUGCGUUUAGAGAAGGCAGCCGAAAAGGAGCGUUUUGACGAAUUCUGGAGGCUCAACCAAUACUGUCGGGGUAGUUACACGGAGACGGCGGAUUUCGAGAAGCUGAAUGCUCUGAUUCUGUCCACCUGCGGCCAGUUUGCCAACCGUCUCUUCUACCUCGCCUUGCCACCAUCCACCUACAGCAGUGUGGCAUCCCAUCUUGCGGCCAGCUGCAUGGCCAAGAAGUGAGUCCCCUCUACCGCCCUUUUUCGGCCGUUGGAACCUUGGUUUCAUCUGCUCAGCUUCUAGUCCCACUGUGUGUUUUAAUCGGAACCUUGAGUAGCAGUCCAGUAGGCUCGAUGCGCUCGAGUGAGCAAUGUUCACUGCAGUGCUUGCUGACCUCUCCAUCCCACAAAUUAUUGAUACAUAGAAGUGCACUUUUUAAAAUGUUACUAGACAUAGCUCCUGCCCCCCCCUCAUGGCGAGUGCCUUGCACUUUGGACUGUCGUUCUAUGGAAUCAAUAAAAAGUCAGACAGAUUUGUCAUCACAUGUCGUCUUCAAUGGACCAGGCUGACCAUGUGACCCGUGACUUGAGUGCUUGGCUGCUCUAUUUGAAUGCUCGACGAACAAGUGACUCGUGGCAGUCUGCCCUGUUUUUGUCGAUAGUAACAAGUAUUACCGACAAAAUAUCACGAAAAUCAUUCUGCCCACAUGAUUUGGAGUAGAAGUAAGUGAUUUCUGGGUAACAUGUCGCGGUGCUAAAAACCAGGCCUCAAAUCCCACUGAUGAGCCGGCUUCUCGGUCGUUCAACAUGCGCGCUCCUGUUUGGACGAGCGUUCUCUUCAGGGGGGGGGGCUUUCGGGCGUUCAAGGGGUUGGACUUGCCUUUAAUCCACCCCAACAAAAAAGUCACUAGUGUUCGCGGAUCUGCAACCGUUCUGUUCCGUCGUUAUGCUUGUCUAAUUGUCAUUGCAAUCGCGAGCCUCUUUGCUACUAAUUGAAAAAUGUACUGGCAUCAGGUUUAAUCUCUACUCUCACGUCACAGCAUGCUGACUUGUGUUGACAUUCUUCAUUGGUUUUGGUUCGACGAAAAGUGUGUACGUUUCGAGGCAGUCGCGUCCUGUUGAAUCAGGACAUACGCAUUACGUUGUUGCAUGUUUUAGGACUUUAAAACCGCUAUGCAUAGUCCUCUAUAAAUUCAAUUUAUCAGAAAAAGUUGACGGAGAUUCAUAAAACACGCGUGUAGUCAAGCAUGCGUCUCAGGUCUCAGACGAUUUUUUAAACAGUAAAUAUCCCCACCCACCAGCUGCUGAAUUUCAACAUGGGCUUCCCUAGGUAGCUGUCAUAGGAGUUUGGCGUUUUGACUGAGUUUAAACAUAAAAAUCGAACGAAAAUCGCACUGUAUUUAAGUAUGCCUUUUUUAUGCUGCGGCAACUGUAGAUGAGGCGACCCAUUGUAUGCUGUUGUGUGUGAACGAUAUUUUCUGUUUUAAAUCAUACUUAGGAUCUUGAUGAGCCUUUCAACAUUUCCCUUCUUGAGCUGAGAUUUCCCCGAGUGAUGUAGUGGCCUUACUUAAAUGGCCUUUGAUGCCUCAACCACCGCGUGCUACUUGGGAUAGCAUACAACAAUGCAAGGGCUUGAUGUUGUGCACACAACAGUAACACGCAAGUAACGAAUGAAAACGAAGUAUUCGAAAUAUGCGAUGUAGACAACAGACGAGUUGAGGCGCCACCACCACCAUCCUCAUCAUCAUCGCCACCAAUGUUUACCCUCAUCUGACAUCCUCCAGCCCUCCAAAAUUAGAAUUUUGGCAGAAAUAAAAGACACCACCGCCACCACCACCACUAUCAGCAGCACAUACACAUUACCAACUUCUCCGCAUGAGAAGCGUCCCUUCCAAUGACGCGUAGGCCUGGUCGGUCAUCUGCGAAUUCAGCAGGGCUCGGAUGGAAAGCUUAUGCCCCGAGCACUGGCCAAGCUCCAUUAAGCAUGCUUCCGCUGCUCACACCAACGCUGGACACUCCGACACCGUAUGAGCCUAUACCAUCCAUUUGCGCAUACAUGGAACGCCCAGUAAAACAUUACAACUCGCGCCUCUCCAACAUCACUUCAUUUUACACUCGCACAUAAACAACUGUUAGCUACGCAUAUGCCUAUUCGGCUGCACAGCGCGCAUCUCAGCUCUCACCAAAGCACGGCACAUUGAUGAUCGCAAUGUGCUGCCCAAUCAUCAUCACCCUUCUGACCUCUGUUGGGGUGUUGUUGUUGUUGCUGCCGUUGCUUGUCAAAAUCCCAAGGUGUGGUUGCACGCCUAGGUGCGGCUCCGACCGCGCCAGUCACCUGCGCUCUCCCCCGCCUCCGGUCUUGACCCUGUCCUGACACCGGGUCCAGGUGGGGAAUGGGGAAGAGGGAGAGUGCAGUAGAUGUCACGCGCAAGUCGUCCUGCCUGUCGCACCUUGGUGUGUAGCACACGGUGGACAUCGUCGGCAACGACGGUCGAACUGGUGGUAUGUGUCCUGUGACACAACGUUUGUUGUCUCCAGUAGCCAGCGGUCGGGGUCAAGUGAGAUUCUAACCACAACAGUGAGGGUCAAGCGCCUAUUUGAAUAGUUAAAAUUUUUGUCAUGCUUGGGUAUCCGCUGUUGCUGUUGUGUAUUGCACCUAUGCGUAUUCGUAGGACUGCUGUCAUCAGCAUCAUAAUUAUUGCGCAAUUGUGGCGCAAUGACUGGACGUUGCUGGCUUGAAGAGAGCAAGGCUUUUCGUGGCCAUUUGAGGGCACUGGCCAGAGCGCUUCGUAGGUGCGACUUUGUGGCGGACAAUGGGAAUUCCAGGACAGGAAAGCGUGAUGCGUUCACAAGACCAACUGCGGGUCACUUUGCGGCGAGGACCCAUGCGCAAAACUUUUGUCAGUUCUUCUCUGAUUAUCACAUUUGCCUUCUUUUGGCGCCCCAUGCGACAUGUCAAGAGCUGACCAUGUAGUAAGCCAAAUCGAGUACACGUCACUCCAAGCAGGCUGGAGUCGGUUCAUAUGGGACAUCCUGGCCACGUGUGGUUCCGACGGAGCUAGAGAUGACGGCUUCAGUUUACCUGCAUCAUUUCAGAUUACAUGUCAGCUUGAGACUGGGAGCUGUUAAUGAAUUCAACUUAACCACAUAGUCUAAACUUCUAAACCAACAGGUCGCGAGUUCGAGGUUCGGGUGUUCCACACUUCGGGCUUGGGUAUGGCUGGCUGACGACGGCUAAUAAGCCAGAAAUGGCCAUUCCAGUCUCCCUUGUCUUGGUCGGUAAUAGCAUUCUGCCUAUAUAUCAUGCGCCGCUGUGCGGCUGCUGGUUGGACUCGAGAGAGAGCCCUUAAGCACAACGGAACGAGUGAGUUCCGUAUGAACGAUCGGUGAGCGCCCCCUACCAUUGUAUAUUCCCCAUCGAAAACGGACAGGGCAACGGGCUCGUGGCCCGGUGGGUAGAGGCGUGGACUUCUAAACCAACAGGUCGCGAGUUCGAGGCUCGGGUGUUCCACACUUCGGGCUUGGGUAUGGCUGGCUGACGACGGCUAAUAGGCCAGAAAUGGCCAUUCCAGUCUCCCUUGUCUUUGUCGGUAGUAGCAUAGUCAGUUUUGUUUAACAGGAUUUGCUUGGUUGGUGACGCUUAAUUGUGAACUUACCUUCGGGUGACUGCACCUAGAGACUAGCCGUACUAAACGCCUCCAUAGGCAUGGUAGUAUACGUUUGGAUUAAACUACCUCUGAACCAUAAAGACGGUUUGGUUCACAGGGUUGCUAGGCCGUGGACUUAGGCUAAGCAUAUUAUUCAGUCAAGGUAUCCACCUGUCGUAAGAACAAAUGCUAGUCAAGGUGGGAUGUUAUUACCGUAAUGCUGCAUGAUUCUUACCUUUUGCCUCUGGCCACCACAAAUCCUCCGAAUUCCUGUCUAAGUUGGCAGUAAACUGAAGAAACUGACUGAUGCGGCCAAGUUCUAUCUGGGGAGGAUGCUCUGGGCCCGACGGUCUUCAGUGUUUGGGAAUGGAACCUCACUGCGGCAGCGAUUGCCAAGGGCUUGGGGGGGGGGGUGGGUCGCAAAGCAUGAACGCCACUUCGAUGCUAUGCUGUUAGGCCGGUUUCCAAGUGGUCCCUCAGCAAGGCUCACAGCGACGUCGCUCUUGUUGACUUUGUUGCUACAGUAGGUGGGCUAACUCAUGAAAUGUCAACCGAAGUUCCGAAAUGCGUUUUCGUUUCGAAAAGAUUAAUUAAGUAGGGUUGUAAAAUUAAUCAUCAUGCAGCAUAGUUCUAUAAUGAUCCAGUUACCUCAGGGUGUCGGCUUUCGAAUGGACUUAUUUCCGGCUGCAUGCAAAAACUAUACUCCGCAUGCAAUUUUCUGAUUAAUUUUCGAUGCCCUUGAAAAUUCACUUAUGUUUCAUGAAAAACGUGCAUAGAGAUAUUCAUUCCUGUACUUAUUCGGUAGAAAAUCACGUUCUCUUCCGAUUUUAUACUCGAAAGAAGGGUAUACUUCGGUUUAAAGAAACGUUUCUUAUUCCCGAAUAAUUUUGAACCCGACCUGCUGUUGCACUGGUAUUCAGGGUUUCAAAACUACGAGUAUAUUUUCCGCGUACGGAAAACCAUGCAUUUCUCUACAGUAUUAGGAGGAGACCAUAUGGGGUUUAUAAAAUUAAGCAGUGAAUUUGUCACUAUUGUUAACUUUACAAGCCACAUUCGUAAAUGCAGAUACAUAACGAUUUAUGCACGGCCAUGUCACGGUAUUUAAAAAUCUCACAAUUAGAAACUUUUUUGAAGCCGAAUUAUGCCCUUCUUUCGAGUAUAAAAUCGGAAGAAGACGUAAUUUUCAACCGAAUGAGCAAAAGAAUAAAUACUUUUAUGCAUUUCUUCUCCAUGAAAUAUGGUUGAAAUUCUAAGGGCAUAGAAAAUUAUUGAGAAAAUUUCAUGCUACUUAAGUAGUCAUUUCUACAGAGCAUAGUUUUUGCAUGCAGCCUGACGGAAGUUCAUUCGAAAGCCGACAUCCUGAGGUAACAGGAUCAUUAUAGAAUUAUGCUACAUGAUGAUUAGUUUUACAACCUUACUUUAAUUAAUCUUUUUGAAACGAGAGUGCAUUUCGGAAUUUAGGUUGACAUUUCAUGAGUUAGCCCACCCACUGUAGAUUCGGUCGACCCUUCAACCUACAGUUCUUCUUCUCGGGCCGCACAGACGAGCAUGUGCGAAUUUCAAGUAAGAUGACACUGUGUAGCUGAUCACUUCCCACUCUGCCCUGUUUAAUUUCCGAAGAAAUUUAUGCGCGAACUUGGAGUAAGUCCUUUGGAACAGACCCUUUUUAUGCUCGGUCCGAAAUUUGACGUUAAUAUUUUCGCUGAAGUCUAUCAGCUGCGGAAUAACCGCGUAGUAUUCAGUUCAAAUAUUCAUAUCAACUUUCGGACCGAGGUGAAGAAAGGUCUGUUCCAAAGGAUUUUCCCCAAGUUCGCGCAUUUAUUUCCUCGGAAAUUAAACAAGACAGGGCGAAAAUGGAGUUCGUAUACCAGAAAGCACACAGAGCACGCUAAGGGUCCCACUGAUGAGCCAAACCCCUCGCAGCUGCGCUAGGCAGCGGCACAAGAUCGGCGAAAUACGCGUGUCUGGGGUUGUAGCUAGCAUCUAAACCGCCAUUAUUGUAAAUAAUCACGUACAUCCCGCUCUCCCCUAUCCUCUACUAUCUCCAGGCAUAUCAGCUCUUUUUUGGCCUUGUCUUCUGACGAAAUUAUCUGACAUAUUUUUUUGUAAUUGAUAACGCUUUCUACCGCCUACGAUGACGAACAGUUGGCAGAGGGCCUUUUCCAUGUCUGACUUCUUCCUUUAUCGUUUCCUUUUCAACAUGUUCUCUGGCGUCCUUCAAACAGUCUGCUCGUGUUCCUCUUGUUAUUACCGUAUCAGUAGUGUCAUUAUAGUUUUUUUUACACACUUGCAUUCUUUACCAGACGAAAAUGACUGUUCAACUAUUGGUCCCUUAUGUCUUCCAGCAGGACAGUUUUCUCAAUCACUUUUAAUCACUUCCUUGACGUUUUAUUUGUGCGAGCUCAUGGAGGACUACGCGACAAGUCAGGUUGAAGCUCAUUUUAAGCCAAUCAGCUAGCAGCAAAAUAUCGAUCAGUGCCGAAACUGCUGCUCCCUCUCGAGCGUCCGGCGCCGCGCAGUCCACGCCUACUUCGUCCUUCUCAAUGCUCGACGCUCGCAAGUUCUGAAAACCGACUGUUUGCAGGUUCGUAUGUCCCGUGCAGGGCCACGUGUCACCCUUCUGGGCCUAAAGGUCUGUAAGCGUCUGCUAUGCCAGGAUCAGCAAGCCAUGGCCUUUGCAGCCUGGUAUGCGCUGGCAGUUCCCUGACACCUGGUUCCCUGCCGGUAGAUGUGCUUGAACUCCCGCUAAGUACAUACAGUGCGUGACCUAUCUCAUGAAAUGUUGGCUGAAAUCCUGAAAUGCGUUUUCGAUUAGGAAGGAUUACUUGGUCGCGGUUGUGACACUGAUUAUCCUAAGACACUUAUAAUAUUUCAGACUCGGCAGGAUGUCGGCUUCCAAAUGCAUUUCUUUUCAAUCUCCUGUAGAAAUCGUGCUCGGUAAAAAAUGACUACUUAAGUAGCAUGCAUUUUUCCCAUUGAUUUUCGAUGGUCUUGGAAAUUCAAAUGUAUUUUAUAGAAACCACAAACAAAAAUAUGCUUUCUUUUAGUCAAUCAAUAGAGAAUCACCUCUUUGUUAUAUUUUAUACUUAAGGAAGAAGGAUGAUUAGGUGUUACACAAGUUUCUAAUUAUGAGACUUUUUGAGACCACGAUAUGUUCAUUCACAUACCAUCGUACCUGGCCGUUUACCACUGCUCCUCAUGAAAUGUACAACAUGGUCCGCAUCCAUUGCAAAAUUUUAUGGAACCUGUAUAAUAUCUCUUUAAUGACAUAGAAAAAUAUGGGAUUUUCUUUACGCGGAGCGCAUGCACCUUGUAGAGUGUAAUCACUAAGCGCUAAUGCAACGGAUGAUCAGGCUCCAAAUUUCUCAACAAUUAGAAAGCUUUUGUAAAACCUAAUUAUCCUCCUUCCUUAAGUAUAAAAUAUAAAGAAGACGUGAUUCUCUAAUGAUUGACUAAAAGAAAGCAUAUUUUUGCUUGUGGUUUCUACAAAAUAUAUUUGAAUUUCCAAGACCAUCGAAAAUCAAUGGGAAAAAUGCAUGCUACUUAAGUAGUCAUUUUUACCGAGCACGCUUUCUACAGGAGAUUGAAAAGAAGUUCAUUUAAAAGCCGACAUCCUGCCGAGUCUAAAAUGCUAUAAUAGUAUGCCUUGAGAUAAUCAGUAUCACAACCGCGACCAAGUAAUCCUUCCUAAUUGAAAACGCCUUUCAGAAUUUCAGCCAACAUUUCAUGAGAUAGGUCACGCACUGUAGGUGGUGGGCAUGGCUGCCCAGUCAUCCUCGUCGCUCUGGCCCUCGUUGGGGUGUUUUUGUUGGUCAAAAAUCCUGGUCAUUCGCUGUGUGGACCAGGGGGUGUGGUGCGGCUCCGGCCGUGCCAGCCACGUGCGCCCUCCCCCCACCUCCGGCCUUCUUGACACCAAGCCCAGGUCGGGAGGAGAAGAGAGUGCGGUAGAUGCAUCGCAAGUCUAUGCCCACUAUAAACCAAUUCACGCGCAAGUCACCGUGCCUGCUCUCACCUUGCUGUGGAGCACACGGCGGACAUCGUCGGACGCGACGGUGGAACUGUCAUGCCCUGUGCAUACCACUUGAGUAAAAGUACUUCCAGCAGACUGGUCCGUCCAAGGGGCAGACUGUUAUCUCGGCCAUGCCCUCGCUAAAUGAAAAGAUGAUUCCAUUGAACGAGGUAAAUUCGAAAUAUACAUAUGGUGACGGUGGGGUGGUCCUGACGACGAUAACCCUCAUACACUUUUCGGAGAGGAGGCUAUGUCAGAUUGUUUGCUGUGCCCAUCUUGGAGCCAAAGGCAGCGUUUCUGCUAGGUAGCCCUUUUUGUCUAAGUCUAUCAGCCUAGCAUGCCCCGACCUGCCGCUUGCGAGGCGUUUUGAAACAACUUUUAUUCUUCUCUCCCUUCCCCAGCCCCGAGGUAUGGACCCGGGUCAUCAUUGAGAAGCCCUUCGGUCAUGACCUUGAAUCCGCCAAGAAAUUGUCUCAGCACCUCAACCAGCUCUUUACUGAACCCCAGAUCUACCGGAUUGACCACUACCUUGGCAAGGAAAUGGUGCAGAACCUGCUAAUUUUACGGUAAGCCUCUUGCUCUCCCCUCUAACUGAUAACUUCUACUGGUCGGGACAGCCGAUAUGCCAUCUUCACCCCCUUUUCCUCUCGUCUUUAAAGUGAAGCUCGAAACCCGUUAAUCUUCCCGCAACUGUAACAGCUGAUCUGCCGAGAGUGAACUAACACGUUUGGCAGAUUUCGCUAUCCUUCGUUCUCCUCCUCCUCCUCCUCCUCCUCCUCAAACUACCUUCGGUCGAAUUUUAUCAUAUCGCAAACAGAAUAAAAUACCGUCGUUCAUGUCGUGCAUAGGCCCAUCAAUAUCGACAAUUAGGGGUUGUGUUUCUUUUCUGAAAUAUGGCCGGGACUCCAAAAUAACUGUCUUUGGAAUACCUGGAUUGAAAACGUUGCUUUUAUUCCAUGAUGUACUGAUGAGCGGAAGUCGGGUCUGUCUGUGGCGUGUACGAGGCGGAAUUUACUACUGAAAGCAACACGUGGUUUAAAUCCACUGGAGCGCUCAACUCAAAAAAUCAAAAAAUAAACCACCAACCACAAUGCUGGUCGGUCAAAACAAACAAGCGGCAAAGCGCAGUAUGUUAAAAAAGCAAGAGCAAUUUACGUUUCACUAUUGACAAUUCCAACUGACUAUCGUCAGUCCCUACCAUUUGCCGUCCCGUCACCAGUUAAGCAGGUCCGACUGACGUUGUCGGACAGUCCACUGGGAGCUGAAAGCCAUGGGCGAGCUGCCUGAAAUUCCCAAAACAGGUAACCGUAUUCUAACUGACCGUCUGAUACUCUCUCUACCGUUUUCGCAUCAGACACCUAAAACGUGCACGCAGCAUCAGUGCUUGUUUAAGUACUACAGCGUACGCGUUUGGGGGUGGUAACCGAAUCAACUUUUUCGAAAACGUGGACUUGGCCUACGGAGGCACAGUAAGCCAUUCUCCUUAAAAAUUCUUGCGGUUUCGACAUUUUUGGUCGGCAUAAGCUCACGGCUGCGGUUAACUUUAAAGAACGUUGCCAUGGCUCUGUCAGUCUCUCCGUGAGCCGCAUUAAGAAAACAUGUGAGUACUCCUUGCCUUGAUAUAGUAGCCGGUUGCCUAGGGAUGCACUUACCUUUGAUAUUUCUUACUUGGACUUCUAACUAACAGGUCGUGAUUUCGAGCCUCAGGUGUUCCACACAUCGGGGUUGGGUAUGACUGGCUGACGACGGCUAAUAAGCCAGAGCUGACCAUUCCAGUCUCACUUGUCUUUGUCGGUAAUAACAUACUGCCUUUAUCGUGCGCUGCUGUGCGACUGCUGGUUGGGCUUGAGAGAGAGCCCGUAAGGCACAAGGAGACGAGUGAGUUCCGUAUGAACAAUCGGUGAGCGCCCCCUACCAUUGGCCGAGUUUCCUAAUGGCAACCUCCGGGUCGCUCAGUGACUGAAAGUACCACCUAAACAUAAUUUCACGAAGCGUAAACUCAAGAAGAGUCCCAGUAUCCAUUGCAGCUCGCAUAAACGUGUUCGACCAAUCGCCCGGUAGCCGGCGGAAACAUUCCGCAAAUUGUUGUCGUCAAUCGCUCCCGUGCAUACUUUUGACGAGGUCCACCGACCCAUAUAUGCGUGCCACACACGACCUGGUCCACAUAGCGUGCAUAGGGCUUUCAUGGGCGACCCAGACUGCAUGUGUGAGGGCACCAUAGAAGCGAUAAUAAGAAGGAGCCAUUGCAACCUGACUCUCAGUCCCGAAAGAGCCGAGCUAUGCCGUCAGUUGACAACCUUCCAAGCCACGGCUUUUAGCACGUCGUGUCAGAUUAAGACGCAUGAGACCUACUAUGGUGCGGGAUCCGCUGGUGUGCCGCGGGAACGGAUCCCGCAGUGUUGAUCACACUCUCCGCUCUCCCAGUCGCCUGUCCAAGUCUGUCAGCCAGCUGGUGACGGGAUUGGACACAGUGGCUGAGGCGACGGGUAGGCUCCCCACCGCGCCCCCCUUUCAUGCAUUUGUGGGCUUGCGCGGGCCCUCCACUGCCUGAUUAACGCUCGUCUUGAGCCAAUCUGAAUUCCGUUCUGGUCCAAACCCGCAGGGGUGUCACCGGGUGGGUGCGCAGCCGCUGCGCUACAUCUCGUCAACACUCCUUGUGACUCAGUCUUCCAGAUGAGCACAGUGAGAGCGAAACUCAUAGUGUCUCCUCCCUCGGCUAAUGACAUUCCUGGGUGAGCACGGCUAACUAACUACACCAACCAACAAUCAUCUAAACACAACGACACCCUAGAAUUCGUUUUUUGGGAUAUUGUCAACUGGCUAUAGGUGACGUGGGUUUUGCAACGGAUAUUCUUCUCUCAGUGUCUCCUAUACUCGAUCGGUCUCAUCUCUACUCGCCAUAACCUAAUCUUGUCGCAGAGAGAUGGGGGUUGUCCGGUAGCCUAGCUGUGAUAGGCGAACGGCCUCCCCGCUUAGCGCUAGCCGUGGAACAGGCAGUCUUGUCAGUUUGACAAAUAACCAGUCGCAGGGCAUACAGCAGUAACUGUUUCGGGCCCAAAUGGGCGCCUAUAAAGAGGUCAGAAGCCAUAGCAGCAUUGCGACAUGACGGGCAAUGCCCGCCAUCAGAUAAGGCUUCUCUGCCGCCCAGCUUAAUCCUCGAAACACUGAUUUCUGUUUUCUCUUCGCGCUCUGGUUGUGUUUUUUGAGAUGGAAUGACGCCGAGGAAUGUUAUUCACCGCUCCACAUCACCGUGGUAAUAAAACGAUAUUAAGAAGGGCCGCUGUUCACAUGUUGCAUACAGUAGGUAGGCUAACGCGUGAAAUGUCAACCGAAAUUCUGAAAUGCGUUUACGUUUUGAAAAGAUUAAGUAAGUAGGGCUGUAAAACUAGUCAGCCUGCAACAUAAUUCUAUAAUAUUUCAGUUACCCCAGGAUGCCGGCUUUCGAAUGAACUUCCUUCCGGCUGCGUGCAAAAACUAUUCUCUGUAAAAAAUGACUACUUAAGUAGUAUGCACUUUUCUCAUUGCUUUUCAAUGCCCCUAGAAGUUCUAUCAUAUUUCAUGGAAAGUAUGCAUAAAAAUAUUCAUUCUUUCGUUCACUUGGUAGAUAAUUACGUCUUCUUCUAGUGUUACCAUCGAAGGAAGGGUACAAUUCGGUUUUAAAAAGGUUUCUAAUUAAAGGACUUUUAAAUACCGUGAAAUGGGCGUUCAUAAAUCGUCAUAUCUCUACAAUUGUCAGUGUGGCUUAUAAAGUUAGCAAUAUGGAUCAAACCCAUUGCUUAAUUUUAUGAACUCUAUAUGGUCCCCCGUUUGUACCGUAGAGAAAUGUUUGGUUUUCCGUACGCUGAAAAUAUACGGCCUGUAGUGUGGUAACUCUGAAUCCAAGUGUAACGGUAGAACGGAUUCAAAAUUAUUCGGGAAUUAGAAACUUUUUUAAAACCGAAUUAUACCCUUCCUUCGAGUAUAAUCUUGAAAGAAGACGUAAUCGUCUACCGAAUAAACAAAGGAAUGAAUAUUUUUAUGCAUGUUUUCUAUGAAAUAUAAUUGGACUUUUAGGGACAUCGAAAAUCAAUGAGGGAAAUGCAUGCUACAUCAGUAGUCAUUUUUUACAGAGAACAGUUUUUGCAUGCAGCCGGAAGGAGGUUCAUUCGAAAGCCGGCAUCCUGAGGUAACUGAAAUAUUAUAGAAUUAUGUUGCAGGCUGACUAGUUUUACAGCCGUCCUUAAUUAAUCUUGUCGAAACGAAAACGCAUUUCGGAAUUUUUGUUGAAAUUUCAUGAGUUAGCCCACCUGCUGUAUUCUCCUCAAUUAUCGCUGCCUAGUACAUUCGAUGAACUGCCGUGUGUAGUGACAAUGUGACACUGAAUAUUUCAGAAGGCAGUCGCAGUGCCUCUGCUAGGCCCUCUGAACCAUGUUUUGAGGCCGCUCACUACGUGUUGGCGUGAGGGUAUCUACAACAUCAUCUGAGCAAGGCGUAGUCUCUGUCUCUUUUCCCGCCUUCAUUUUAGAGACGUAUGAUCAGUCAACCAAUCAAGGCACCUAGCACCUGCAUGGCGACAUCAAGCACUGGUGACGAGCAGGUUAGCCGUCUAUAAUGGCUCACAGCGUUGAAAUCCUCACCAAACGUAUUUCGAACGAGUAUUAUUCUGCUUUUUUUUUCACAACCAAGUCUGUGCCCCUUUGUCUUCCUGAGUGGCUGUGCAAUUUGCCAUUUGGCCAUUGCCUGGACCGACCUACUUCAUCUUUUUUCGGCCUGAUGCGUACCUUUGAGUGAAAAAACUCACCUGGCUGGAGUAUUUCAUCGGGAAACAACUUACGGCCCGUCUCACGAGCUGGAUUUGGCUGUCUUUUGCGUUAUUUCCACUUUCCUUACAUCGAUGGUGAAGGCAUUUCCGUCUACGAAGGACAAACCGCUCAACCUAUAUUUCAAAAAGACUAGGGCCCGCUGUAAUCCCUGCGGACCACUCGUCAGACCAUUAGAUUCUUUGCUCGUGAUUGCGUCCUGUUCCCUCCUAGACGUGGUGACCGUGGGCUUUUUGCUUAAACCGUCCGGAAUUCAUGCCCGCAUUGGUACGGGGACCAAGCAAGUGUGUGGCAGCAAGCGAGGACUGGUUGUUUGUUAAACCUUAGUCGAUACGAUCAAUCUUUUCCCCAGUUCGCUUCGCUCAGUCUCUCCACUGAUGAGGGAGGAACGAGAGGCUGAGACUGGUCCCACGUGGUGUUCACUUAAUGCACGUGUCGGUCUCAUCUAGGAUCACACAGCAUGCAGGAUUUAAAAGCCCGCCACCUCACAGAAUACUUCAGUUAUGCGGACCGAGGAUCAGGUUGAAACGGCUCCUUAAGGCAGUUCUUCUGGCAACUUUCGGCACUGUGAGAUCCGAGUUAUCGAGGUCUUGGCGCGUGCGCGGCACGCGUAGAGUAGACAAACUCCCAAUCGGUUACUGCUCCUUCUCCCAUUUAUAGUCGUCACGACCCUUCCCUAGUUCUCUUGUUCGCCUUUUUUAAGUGUGUUCUCUGUUUGUGAAUCCACUAUUUCCUCCACCUUAUCUGGCUGUUAGCCUUCUCUGGUGGAGCAGCAUUGCAUACUGCAUAGCCCUCUAGAGUUCCUUCUCUUCGAGUGUGUGUCCCACAUUUUCUUGUCCUCGAAGCCGAGUCCGAGCAGUCGCUUUUCGCGGCCGGGGCCGAGCGAAGCUUGCUCGUCAUUCGACCAUCUAUGGCCUCUGCAUCUCCAGCUUAUCGUUAAUUUUGCUGAUUCAGUGCGCUACUUUUUGCUUCUCAACCUCUUUCCUAGCAAAAACGCACUCACUGCUUCCCCUGUUUCUCCCUCCCCCCUGCUCAGUUUUGCCAACAUGAUUUUCAAUCCGCUCUGGAACCGCGAACACAUCAGCAAUGUGAUGAUAACCUUCAAGGAGCCCUUCGGAACGGCAGGCCGUGGAGGCUACUUCGAUGGCAUUGGAGUCAUAAGGUGAGUCCUGUUGGCUUCGAAUAGCACCACUUAAUGUUCAAGGGAUCUCAGAAGGUCGUUUCUGCACCGGUAGUGGGUGACAGGGAGGCGGGUACAUCUGUCCAUCUGCUAGACAACCUACCGCGCCUUCGUCUGCGCCUAUAACUGACACACCUCUUUCCAGAAGCCAGCUGCACUGCUGUUAUUCUAAACCAGAACGUAGUUAACAUUGGUUCAUGGCAUGCACACUGAAUCUGCGUGCAGUGGAACCUGUUGCGUAUGUGUAUCAUAGGAUUAUGCCGCUUGAUAAUCGGUAUUACAACCGCGCCUAAGUAAUCAUUCCUAGUUGAGAACGCAUUUUAGAAUUUCAGCCAACAUUUCAUGAGAUCGGUCACUCACUGUACUCCUCAUCGCAAUGCAUUUUACGCCUUCACCUGCUGCUUUUAAUGCAGGUCGUCUUUCUACUUGGGUUAACUCUCACUCGCAGUGCAGAUUGCGUACACAGAUGUCUCAAGAAGUCUCGCAACUGUAAUUGUGGAAUCUCUACAUGCCAGGAGUCACAACUGUGGACAUGCUCACUAGGAAAUAUAACCGAAUUUCACACAAGCAUGGACAAUCAGUAGAAAUCACACACGGAACUCUUUGUCGAUUUCGACUGAUAGGGGUUACUAGUAGUGGUCUUAGUCGGGACCGACUCUAGGUCCUGUUGGUGAUCAGCGCUGCAACCUCACUUAAGUACAUUUUGUCAGUGGGUACGUAUAUGCGCGUGGUAGGAAAAUGGCGACCAGUAGACCGUGUCUUAGUGGCCGAGGGUGGGCGGGGACAGUAGGGUUGAAAAAAAAGUCAAAAACGGCUGUGAAGCUUUACCUGUGAUACAAUAGUAAACGGAAACCAGCCGCGUCAUCCAAGAAAAAGGAAAAAAAAAUAUUAAUCCGACUGAAUAAACCGCCGCUGGCUAAUUUACGUGGGUUUAGAAUCCAAGGUGGUUCGUAGCCAACAGAGAUAGAGGGCUGUGAUGCGAGGUGGUGUCAAAUCGCACAGGUCGGGGAAACCUAGCGAAAAGCUCAUCAGCAUACGAGGAAAUAAAUAAAUGGAGCCAGAAGGGUGACAGCCAAUGUAAUAUUAUUAUUGAAGAAAUAGCAGUGCUCUUAAAAAGGCUUCAUGUCAGUUUUUGACUUUUUGAGACUUCACUUCCCCCCCCUCCUACCCGGCACACCUGUAUAACCCCUAUUAACACCAUCCUUGUAAGGCACUAUCUACCGGUUGCCAUUUCCGCACCCCGCGCAUUUACUUAACCCUUACUGCAGUAUCUCCCUACAAGUGAAUAACAUCUGAAUGGGAAGAUGAGAUGAGGCCUCGAAAGCCUUGCCCAGCGUAAUCUAACCAUCACGCCUUCGUAGGGGAGGUCCUAGUCGGAAGUUUGGAGCAAAUGUCUGCUUACUUGUUUAUCCACACGGCAGUCCCGCCGCUUUCCGCGUGCUGGAAUUUCUACGCGAGUGAUUCAGCGAAUUUGCCAAAUCCUUGCUGUAACUGUCGCGUUCGCCUCUCAAGGUGAAGUUCUUGAGAUGAUUUCCGCCACUCUUGGGCCAGUUCGCAGCCUAUUAGGCACGCUUAUAUGCCCAAUCACACACUCAUCCGAUAACCUUGCCCCUCAAGGUCACUACUAGCAUCUCUCGUUUUUCCCUCGGGGUGUUGGUGGUCGUUAGAGCUGGCACGUCUCAUGUGUUGCUCAUUUGUUCUACACUUUUCCUAGAGAGAUUCUUAUUCAUGUCUUCCUACGUGAACCCUGCGGUUCUUACCGGGCAACUAAAAGCGCAAUUAUGGUAAGUGCGUUCGCCAAUCAGGUUACGGCACAUGCUGGUAAUGUUUCGUCUUGAGGCCCCAUCUAGGGCUCUUGCGGGCAGUCGCAUGACACCAGGAACUAGAAUUUGGUCAUGUCGUUAAUUCUGGUGGGGGCAUAUUACAGUGAGUGACCGAUCUCAUGAAAUGUUGGCGGAAAUUCUGAAAUGCCAUUUCAAUUAGGAAGGAUUACAAAACUGAUGAUCUUUCGGCAUGAUCCCAUAAUAUUUCGGACUCGGGAGGAUGUCAGCUUUUGAAUGCGCGCUUCUCAAUCUCCCGUAGAAACCGUUCUUGGUAAAAGUGACUAAUUAAGUAGCAUGCAUUUUUCACAUUGAUUUUUGAGGGUCUUGCAAAUUCAAAUAUGCUUUAUAGAAUUCAGUGGGCAGAAAUAUGCUCCUUCCAGUUGUUUGAUAGAGAAUCACGUCGUCGUUAAAAUUUAUGCUCUAAGAAGGAGUAUAAUUAGGUCUUAAAAAAAGUUUAUGAUUAUGCGAUUUUUUGAGACCGUGCGAUGCCCAUUCAUAAAGCAUUGUACGUACUUUUACCACUGCUCCUCAUGGAAUGAACAACAUAGUCCGCAUCCAUUACAAAAUUUCAUGGACUCUAUAUGGUGUCUUUUUAAAGACAUAGAAGAAUAUAUGAUUUUCCUUACGUGGAACACAUGUACCUUGUAGACUGAAAUCACUAAACGCUAGUGCAACGGCUGAUUAGACUCGAGAAUUAUAAAACUUUCAAAUCCUAAUUUUAGUCCUUCUUCGAGCAUAAAAAAUAAAGAAGACGUGAUUCUCUAUUAAAAGACUGCAGAAAAGCCUGUGUUUGUUCGUUGUUUCUAUAAAAUAUUUGAAUUUGCAAGACCAUCAAAAAUCAAUGGAAAAACACCUGCUACUUAAGUAGCCAUUUUUUUCCAAGUACGUUUUCUACAGGCGGUUGAAAAGCAGUGCAUUCAAAAGCUGACAUCUCGGAUUAUGCCGCAUGAUAAUCAGUAUGACAACCGCGCCCAAGUAAUCCCUCCUGAUCGAAAACGAAUUUCAGAAUUUCCGCCAACAUUUCAUGAGAUCGGUCACUCACACUACCUUGUGUGACAUUUAUUCACCGGUCCCGUGUAAUUGUUGCACACCCGUCCGUUGAGGAAACAGAGCUUGUGUUCCGUUCGGUUCUUUAUUCACUCUUUUGGACUAUUAGGCUGUCCAAAAAGAAGCGCCGGCCUGGUCUUUACCCUUCAAGCAAAGAACUAAGACCAUCUGGUUCAGGUUCUCGUCAAUUAAAAUACUAUGCGAGGACGUUUUAAAUUGCUUUCUUCAACCCUACUCAAGUCGUACAAAUUUGUUGUGGGCCAAGAGCUGUAGCCUUCCCGUUAAUGCUGACUCAGUUGAGUACGUCGCGCAUGCUUUCAACGUCGAGUCGGGCUUUCAAUGUCGCCCUGACGCAAAGCUCACUUUCUGUGCCUCCUUCAACGUGGUUCUCAGAAAUUCACUGACGAAUUUGAGUCAGGCGCUCAGUUUUGUGAUACGCUUUGCUCACGUUCCGUCUGCUGAUUGCGUAAAAUGAUCCUUAGACACCCAGCCAAGACACACGAUCAACCGGAGCCACAAAAAUCAACUUGCUCUUUGCGAAGCCAAUCGGCUCCAGAAGACACCGCCUCUCGCGGACUGCCAGAUGGUCGUUUGUGUUUGAUGCUUGUGACAAGUAAACUGCCGUGCGCUUGCGCGAAAGACGAACCAAUAGCAAUGGAUCAAACAGGCGCGUAGUACGCGACAGAUGACAGCUUUAUUCCCCAUCAGUCGUGGUGCUCACGCCCACAUCUAGCCGACUUGCCUCUUACCUGCCACGGUCGCCUAGGAAGGAAUGAGUGGAGUCGACCCUGUGUGCGUGUGUGACUUCUCUUCCUAUAAGAAAUUUGGCGCGCUUUACGCUACGCAAAAGCAUCAAAAUUCGGAAUUAAAUUGGUCACGGACCGACCGGAUAACUGGAUUCCCCUGCAGACUAUGACAAACUGUAAAGCCCCCUUCAUUAGCACAAAAUUCCUAACUUUUGACUCCGGACCGAGUCCAUGUGCGACUUAUGUCGGCCAGACACUGUGUCCAUGCCUAUCCCCAUUUUCCCUGACAUUGUAACACGGCGAGUGUGAUGAGAUUUAGACAAGUGCUCCAUAGUCGCAGUAAAUUUUAUCCUUACCUUCCAGGGACGUUCUGCAGAACCAUCUCGUUCAAGUACUCGCACUGUUGGCCAUGGAGAAGCCCCUCUCCAAGGACGCCGAAGAUAUCCGCGAUGAGAAGGUACUCAGCUACUCACCAAUCAAGCAGUAG